AUGGCUAUUAUAUAUAAAUGUAAAUUUUUAAUAAAAAAUAUAAAGACAAAUUUAAAUCCUAUUUUAAAUUUAAAAUUUAAAUUAUAUAAUAUAAAUAUAAAUUUUUUAAAUAAAUUAAUUACAGAAUAUUUAAAUAAUUAUAAUAUAAAUAUAUUUAUAAUAUAUAUAUAUUCAAAUAAAACAUUUAAAAUUAUAUAUAAUUAUACAAUAUUUAAUUUAUAUAAAAAAUUUUUAAAAAUUAUAAAUAAAAUUAUAUUAAUAUAUAAAAUAUUAUUAUAUAAAAAAAAUCAAUUAUUAUUUUAUAAUAUAUAUCAAUUAUUAAAUAUAAUAUAUAAUAAUAUAAAAAAUUACAUAUAA